AUGGCCUUACAAGGAGCUUCUUCCUCACUCUCGUCUACUUCUUCUUUCAUCCCUUCAUGGACUCACGAUGUAUUCUUAAGUUUUAGAGGUGAGGAUGUUCGCCAAAAAUUUGUUUCUCAUCUAUACCAAGCUUUGCAUCACAGGGGAAUCAACACUUGCAUAGACAAGAAUCUUGCAAGAGGAGAGGAAAUUUCGCCGGAACUUUUCAAAACUAUUGAAAGAUCAAUGAUUUCUAUCAUUGUACUCUCUAAAAACUAUUCAGAGUCCAGAUGGUGUUUAGAUGAGCUAUUGAAGAUCCUUGAGUGUAAGGAAAAGGUAAAACAAAUUGUCCUACCCUUGUUUUACGAUGUAUCUCCAUCACAAGUACGACAUCAAAAAGGAAAUUUUGGAAAAGCAUUUGCUAAACUUGGAUGUAAGACCAAGGAUGAAGUAAAGGUUACAAAGUGGAAGGCAGCUUUACAAAAAGUAGCCAAUUUUUUCGGAUUCACAUUAGGGGACAGGAAGGAAUCAGAGUUUAUUCAGGACAUCAUUAAAUGGGUGGACUCAAUAAUGGUGAAUCGUACAUUUCUUAAUGUUGCAAAGUAUCCAGUUGGAAUAGAGUCACAUGUACGAGACAUUUAUCAGCAUUUAAGUAUAGGAAGGAAUGAUAUUAUAUGCAUGGCAGGGAUAUUUGGAACCGGAGGAAUUGGUAAGACAACUAUUUCAAAAGAGAUCUAUAAUAGGAUCUCUUAUCAAUUUGAAGGAAGUUGUUUCUUGAAAAAUAUUAGAGAAACUUCAAAAGCAGGAGGUCUGAUCCAGCUGCAAAAAACACUUCUUUCUGAGAUUUUGGGAAUAAGUUUGGAUUUUCAUGACAUUGACAAAGGCAUCAAUGUGAUUAGGCAUAGACUUUGCUCUAAAAGGGUUCUCCUAAUUCUUGAUGAUGUGGAUGAUUUCGUCCAACUAGAAACAUUAGCUGGAGCUCUUGAUUGGUUUGGUUCAGGAAGUAGAAUCAUUAUAACAACAAGAGAUCAACAUUUAUUAAAUUUCUCUAAAGCUGUUUCAAAAUAUGAGUUGAAAAUAAUGGCUAACGAUGAAGCUCUUAAGCUCUUUAGCUUGCAUGCUUUUGAGAAAGAUGAACCGCUUGACGAUUAUGUAGAACUCUCUAAACAAGUAUUGCAAUAUGCUCAAGGUCUUCCACUUGCUUUAACAGUGAUAGGUUCAACUCUAAAAGAUCAAAGCAUUCAUCAAUGGAAAAGUGUAUUGAAUAAAUAUAAACAAAUACCCGACAUAAAUAUUCAGAGUGUACUUCGAGUAAGUUACGAUGGAUUGGAAGAUAAUGAGAAGGACAUGUUUCUUGAUAUUGCAUGUUUCUUCAAAGGAGGACCUUUGGCUGAUGUCAUUAAAAUAUUUGACAAUUGUGGUUUCUCUCCUGAUUAUGGUAUCUGGAGGCUUGUAGACAAGUGUCUUAUCACUGUUGAUGAGUGGAAUAAAAGUGUUUGGAUGCAUGACUUGCUACAAUCUAUGGGUCGAGAAAUUGUUCGAUUACAAUCAACAAAAGAACCUGGCGAACGUAGUAGAUUGUGGUUUCAUGAUGAUGUUCGUCACGUAUUGGAAGAAAGUACGGGUACAAACAAAAUCGAAGGCAUUAUAGUAGAAAUGCCCAAAGGCGAGGAAAUGAUUAUUUUGAGUCCCGAAGCAUUUGUACAGAUGAAAAGACUUAGAGUGUUUAUCAAUCGUAAUGCAAGUUUUUCAAGUGGACCUAAUUAUCUCUCUAACGAGUUAAGAGUAAUUGAUUGGUUUGAAUAUCCGCUACAAUAUUUGCCACCCAAUUUUCAUGGAAAUAAACUCAUUAUCUUUAAAAUGCAUGGUAGCUUCAUCAAGGAGUUAAGCUUCAUCAAGUUCAAGAAUGUGACAACUAUGGGUUUUGAUGAUUGUAAUUUGUUAACCAAAGUCCCGGAUCUUUCAAGCAUGUCAAAUUUGAAGGAAUUGAUUGUUGAAAAGUGUACAAGUUUAGUUGAGGUGCAUGAUUCCGUUGGAUACCUGGAUAAUCUUUUAAAAUUGAGUUUUCACGAAUGCUCUAACCUCCGAAUAUUUCCAAGAAGACUCAAGUUGAGAUCUUUACGCUACCUUAAUCUUUGUGAUUGCUCAAACCUUCGUGAAUUUCCUGAAAUUGGUUGUGAAAUGAAGUAUUUACGUUCAUUAGAUCUACUUCGCACGUUCAUUAGAUCUACUUCGCACCGCAGUGGAAGAACUACCUAUAUCUAUUAG